AUGCAGAAUUCAUCCGAUCGAACACCAUCAUCAGAACCAAGUGAUUAUUAUCAAAAUACGUUUAAAACUACACCCAAUGAUAUUUUAACACAUAUGGAUAAUACAGAUUUUAUUGAAGAAGCCAAAUUAGCUAUUGGCGAUAUCGGUUCGUGUGUUCAGAGCUCCUCAUUAUCGACAAAAUUAAAUGAUUAUAAUAAACCGUCCAUAGCCUAUUUAAACAUGCGUUCAACCGACAAUCAAGAAUAUUGUAUUGAAUUAUCAAAACAUGGUUAUCGAGUUGUGGGAAAAAAAUUUGAUGAUAAUAGAUGUCCAUCACCAACCUAUUAUGAGUCAUUACAAGCAUUAUUUACACAAAAAAGUCAGUCAUAUGUACAAAGUUUUGCCGAUAAUUUACGGGCAAAAUUAAAUGCAGAAUUACAACAUGAGCAAUUAAACAAAGAAACUGAAGAAAAAAAUUAA